CAUUUCCUGCUACUGCUUCCGCCGGUAUCUCCCAGGCGAUGGAGGCGGUGGAAGACACCACGCUGGAGGCCGCGAUUGGGUGGCUUACAGAUACAAUCCUCGCAAAUCUCCCAGCCGGCGGCAAGCUGGUUUCCUGGAUUCGCCAAGCUGGCCUUGGCAACGACGUGGAGGAGCUCAAGUGUGAGGUGGAGGCAGUGGAGAUGGUGGUUUCUGCUGUGCAGGGGAGGGCGGCCGGAAACGAGCCGCUGACCCGAUCUCUUGCUCAUAUCAAGGAGCUGCUCUACGAAGCUGACGAUGCGGUCGAUGAGCUCGACCACUACAGGCUACAGAAGGAUCUGCAACCAGAGACGCUGCUCGAAAUGGAUGGACACGGAACUCAGCAAGUUGAGAGAUCUAGAGAAAAUACUGAUGAUGUACAGAGUAGCAGCAAUGGCAAUGGCAGGUUACGUUCCAAGGAAUGGAAUCACUUUGACAUCACAGAGUUUGAACAAAACGGAGGUCCUGCCAAAGCAAAAUGUAAGUACUGUAAAACAGAGCUUAUGUGCACAACCAAAAAGGGGACAUCAGUUUUGCGCAAUCAUCUCAAUAGCAAAGGUUGUAGCAAGAAACGUGGAGCAACUCACCCUUCUUCAAGCACUGCUGAUGCUACUAUGAUUCCUACGCCUGUGGCAGCUGGUAAUUCGUCCAGCAGGAAAAGGUUGAGAACCAGUCAGGAGUUAACACACAUCACCACAGCUAACCCAAACGGUUGGAACAAGGAUGCAUUUUUCGAAAGGAUACAAGACAUCACCAGUCAGCUGCAAGUCAAACGAGAGGCAAUCACAAAGCUUCUCAAAAUACUUGGGUCAGACUCUGGUGGUGCAAGUUCUAAUCAUCACUGUCAUAUUACAAUCUCAGAUGCACGCCGAAGAACAUCAGCUCUUGUUCAAGGGAAAGUGUAUGGGAGAGCUCAAGAGAGGGGAUCCAUCAAAACGUUGAUAAAAAAACACAGAUCAACUGAAGCUGUAACUGUUCUGCCUAUUGUAGGCAUAGGAGGAGUUGGGAAGACAGCUCUCGCUCAGCUUCUAUAUAAUGAUCCAGCUUUGGAAAGUCAAUUUGAUCACAAGAUAUGGAUUUGGCUUAACAACUUUGAUGAAAUGAGACUCACAAGAGAGAUGUUAGAAUGCGUCUCCCAAGAAUCACAUGAUGGACUAUACAGCUUUCCCAAGCUUCAGGAGGUCUUGAAGCGUCAUUUUAAAUCAAAGCGGGUUCUACUCAUAUUAGAUGAUGUGUGGGAAGACAUGGAUGAUUGCCAAUGGAAGAGAUUAUUGGCUCCUUUCAAGUCUGACAAUGCAAUGGGCAACAUGAUAAUCAUGACAACUAGAAAGCCGUCCGUUGCAAAGAGUAGAGGUACAAUUGGACCAAUUAACUUAGGUGCUUUGGGAAAGGACCAUUUUUGGCAAUUGUUUAAAUCAUGUGCGUUUGGUGACGAAAAUUAUGAAGCGCAAGCAAGUCUAAGUGACUUAGGACAAGAAAUAGCACAAAAGUUAAAAGGGAACCCAUUAGCAGCACAAACUGUCGGGGCACUAUUAAGAGAUCAUCUUACCGUGGAUCAUUGGAGUAACAUUCUGAAGACUGAAGAUUGGAAAUCCCUGCAACACACUGGUGGCAUCAUGUCUUCUUUGAAGCUUUCAUAUGAUGAGCUGCCAUACCCUGUACAGCAAUGCUGGUCAUAUUGUUCUAUAUUCCCCUAUGAUUAUGAAUAUCCUGCUGAGGAUCUAGUUCGUCUUUGGAUUUCUCAGGGAUAUGUGAAGCAUGAUCAUUCAAGUAAGAGUUUGGAGGAGAUAGGACGGUGCUAUCUGACUGACUUGCUGAACCUGGGCUUGUUUGAACAGGUUGAAAGAGAUAUGUUCUCUCUUGGUCGCCUAAUGCAUGAUUUUGCAAGGCUAGUUUCAAGAACCAAGUGUGCAGUUUUUGAUGGUUUGCAAUGCAAUGAAAUUUUGCCAACUGUACGCCAUUUGUCUAUAUUAACCACUUCUAUAUAUAUGUGGGAUGAUCAGACUGGGAACAUACCUCGCAGUGAGAGGUUCGAAUUUUUAUUGCAAAAUAUAGUCACAUCAAUGAGAAAACUGAGAACAUUGGUGCUAAUUGGGGAAUAUGAUUCCUUUUUCUUCAAAGCAUUUCAAGAUGUAUUUGAAAAGGCACAGAAUCUGCGUCUACUGCAAAUAUCUGCAACAUCUGCUGAUUUUAAUUCCUUCCUGUGUAGCUUGGUAAAUCCUACACGUCUUCGGUAUCUAAACCUUGAUGAUGGUUAUACUGAGCAGAAGGCUUUGCCUCAUGUUUUGAGAAAGUUUUUCCAUCUUCAGGUAUUGGAUAUUGCUUUCUUUAAGUCAUUGCAUACGCUUCAUCUCGAGGAUUGUGGAGAAUGGAAAAUACUUCCAUCUCUGAAAAUGCUUCAGUUUCUUAAAAGGUUGAAGUUGAGCAACAUGCAGAGAGUAAGAGAAGUGUUGGUUCCGCCAUUGGAAGAGCUGGUUUUAGAUGGAAUGCUAGAUUUACAUAUAUGUUCCUGUACUUCCAUGGGGGAUAUGAAGUCUAGUUUAAGGGUGCUGGAGAUCCAAAGUUGCCCUACACUUGAGGUGUUUGACCUGUUUCAGAAAGGUCAUAACUACGAAAUUGAGCAUAAGCCAUGGCUUCCCAAUCUGAGGAAACUCAUUGUGUACAAUUGUCCUCAUCUGCAAGUACAGACCCCACUUCCACCUUCAGCCAUAUUUUGCGAACUAUUAAUCAGGGCAGUUUCAACAAUUAUGGAGAUGGAGGGAUCUUCCAUGGAAACAUUAAAGCUUUACAAAUAUGAACUUCCGCGUGAGAUGAUGGCACUCGAUGACAAAAUUUUGGCAUUCCAUAAUCUUAGGGAUAUCAAAUACUUGGAGAUAUCGUGGUGCACAAACCUAACAUCUAUUUCAUUCAAAGGAUUAAGUCAGUUCAUCUCUUUAAAGAGUUUGAAAAUAGUGGAAUGCACAGAACUUUUCUCUUCAGAUGAUGUGCCACAACAGACCCAUGAAGACAUGUUAACUACAAAUGAUGCUGCUCUCCCGUCUCUCGAAAGUCUUCGUAUUGAAGGAUGUGGAAUAACGGGGAAGUGGCUAUCUCUGAUGCUGCAACAUUCACCGACUCUGAAGGAAUUGUAUAUAGAUCACUGCCCGCAGUUGAAACAGUUAAAGAUAGAAGAGGAAGGAAAGAUUCAGUCAAACCUUCUCUCAGCUUGCGAGGCCUCGUCAGCAGGAUAUCUAUAUGAUGCAUCACGAAGUUCAGUCCGAGCGUCAUCAGGAUAUGUAGAAGACACACAAACAAGCUCAGCUAUAGAUGGACUCGUGCACAUUCCGUUGAAUCUCAGAAAGAUAACAAUUGAUGGAUGCCCUCAUCUAAUAUUUGACGGGAGUAGGGAAAGUUUUGCUGGAUUUACCUCGCUUGAGGAGGAGGUAGAGGAAGACGACCAAGAGAACGGAAGAUGUCUCUUCCCGCAAUCACUUGAACAACUUGUUUGGUCUGAUUAUUCCCAAAUAACGCUACGGCCUUGCUUUGUGGGUAAUCUCACUUGCCUCAAAAAGUUAAAAGUAAAGAGCAAAAGUUUGGAAUAUCUACAGCUGGAUUCCUGUAGGUCAUUGGAAGAUUUGGAAAUUGUAUUUUGCAAUCAUCUCGUCUCUUUGGAGGGCAUGCAAUCGCUUGGAACCCUCAGGUCUUUGGAAUUAUUUAAUAACUUCAGAUUAGAAUCUCUACAGCUGCAUUCCUGCACAUCGCUGGAAAGUUUGGAAAUUCGGUAUUGUAAUUCGCUCGUCUCAUUACAGGGCUUACGAUCCCUCGUGAACCUCAAGCAUUUGAAAAUAGUUGAGUCUGCUGCCUUUUAUUCCUUUAGCACAGUGGAGAAUUAUGAGCCAAUUGAGGGGAUUUUGAGUCAUAGCUAUGAAUUAUUCCCCGCACUGGAAAGUCUCGAGAUCGAUGACUUGUCUCCCCUUAACAUGUCAUUCUGCAAGGGCCUCACCUGCCUUCGAAGCUUAAAGUUUACUGAUUUGGAUGCAACGAGACUAAUAGAUGAGCAAGAGAGAUUGCUUCUCCUCCUCAGGUCCCUGCAAGAGCUCCAAUUUAAGUAUUGUUGGGAAUUCGUACAUCUUCAUGCGGGGCUGAGGGGCCUCCCUUCCCUUAAGACGUUGGAGAUCAUACAUUGUAAUCGCAUAUCAGGGCUUCCGAAGGAGGGCCUCCCACCUUCACUGGAAGAACUGGUGAUCGACGAGUGCAACGACGAGUUAUCAGAAAAAUGUAGAUCGCUAGCAACAAGCAAGCUAGCGGUCAAAAUUGACGGGAGCUAUGUGGAUUGAUUACCGAGUCAUCUUUCUAAGGUUUUCUUGUGAUCUUUCAUAAGGUGCCUCCCCACCCCAUCGAGGAAAAAAAAGAAUCCACCGCCCACCAUCCAACACACACUCCAAUGGAACCUAGGCUGAAACUAAGCAAAGAAAGUAAGGCAGAGGAAGUUGACCCGAUUGAAUAUCGAAGCGUGGUGGGAGGCCUGAGGUAUUUGCUGCACACAAGGCCUGAUCUUAGCUUCUCUGUCGGCUAUGUCAGCAGGUUCAUGGAGAGACCUACCAAGGAACAUAUGACAGCAGUGAAACACAUUCUCAGGUAUGUAAAAGGGACUGUUAAUCUUGGGUGCAGCUAUAAAAGGGUCACAAGCAAACCAGAGUUGUUAGGAUAUUGUGACAGUGAUCAUGGAGGCGAUGUCGACGAUCGUAAAAGUACCAAUGGGGUGUUGUACUACUUCGGUCACUGCCCCGUGUCCUGGAUAUCUCGAAAACAGAAAAUUGUGGCACAAUCUUCAUGUGAAGCCGAGUAUGUGGCUGCUGCUGCAGCAGCCUGUCAAGGGGUAUGGUUGGCAAGGCUGAUUAAGGAAUUGUUGUGCUGUGAUGGUGACAAGUUCACAAUCCGUAUAGAUAACCAGUCAGCAAUUCAGUUAUGCAAUAAUCCUGUGUUUUAUAAGAGAACAAACACAUUGACGUGCGCUAUCAUUUUGUCAGAAAUUGCGUUGAAGAGGGCAAGAUAGAAGCGGAGCAUGUCAGAACUCAGAACUGAUGAGCAACAUGCAGACAUCUUGACGAAGCCAUUGGCUAGGCUUCGUUUUCAGUCAUUGAAAGGCAAGAUCGGUAUGCAGGAGGUGGGUUCAGGUCAUCAAGUUUAAGGAGGUGAAAUAUUGUGCUAAUCUUACUGAACCUGAACCUGUUUCGUUUCUGAACUUUCUGAAAAUAAAGCCAGAGGCACGCUGUGUUCGUGCUGCGGCUGAGUAGGACUAGUGGUUAUUUUUUUUGUCAGCCAUGUAAUCGUUGGCCACGAUCUCGUCCGUGGGAUGGCGCGGGUAAAACGGAUCAAGGCCGGCUUGCUAGGAUCAGAAGGAAUAAAAGGGA